GACUCAUCUGUGGAAUGUAAACAAUAUGGCUGGCUGUUAGACAUAAUUUGUACUCCUUCAAGUACAAACAUUCUAUAAGCUGUCAAAAGAAUCAGUAUCAAGGUGUGGAAUCGACUCUGAAUCGAAUCUUAACACCUGUUAGAUCGUCACACCUUGACGUGUUACAUGUUCCACCGCUGGAGCACUUGAUGCUAUUACAGCUGAUUGGCACAGAAUUUGGAGCAUUGCGUCAUUUGGCACAGGGUUGUUGAACUUAUUUUAGAAAGACUACGGAUUAAACAUGACGAAACCAAGAAAAGUGAGUAAAGUUGUUUUAAGUGUCGAGCAGUCGGAGGGAGUCGGUGCAAGAGUGCGCAGAAGCAUCGGCAGAAAUGAACUAAGUAACCUGGAUCCGUUUCUGAUGUUGGAUGAGUUCUGUGUGAGGAAGCCUGCUGGUUUUCCUGAUCAUCCUCACCGAGGCUUUGAGACAGUAACAUACCUUCUAAGUGGUGCAUCAGCUCAUGAGGAUUUUUGUGGACAUUCUGGAAAACUGGAGGCUGGGGAUCUGCAGUGGAUGACUGCAGGACGAGGUGUGGUUCACGCAGAGAUGCCUCUAUCAGAUGAACCUAUGCAGGGCCUUCAGCUUUGGGUGAACUUGCAAAAAGCAGAUAAAAUGGUGGAGCCUCAGUACCAGGAACUGAAGAGCAGCGAGGUUCCCAAGCCUAGCAAAGACGGCGUGACUGUCGCCGUGAUUUCUGGCGAAGCCCUCGGGGUGAAGUCAAAAAUCUACACCAGAACUCCAACGAUUUAUCUCGACUUCCACCUAAGUGAGGGGGCAAAGCACGUGCAGCCUAUUCCUGUGGACUGGACUGCUUUUAUCUACACAAUCUCAGGAGUUGUGCAUGCUGGGCCACAAGACGAUCAGAAGAAAAUUGAACCUCACCACACUGUGGUUUUUGAGGAUGGAGACUGUAUCAAAGUGGAAAACAAGGCUGUUGAGAACGCACACUUUGUGCUGAUUGCUGGAGAACCUAUCAAGGAACAUGUGGUGAAGCAUGGCCCAUUUGUCAUGAACACUGAUGAGGAGAUAGAGCAAGCCAUUACAGACUACCGAACAUGCACAAAUGGAUUUGAGAGAGCAAAACACUGGCAAUCAAAAAUACGUGGACUGAUGUAAACAUUGGUGUAAAAAGAUGUGUUGAAUUUUUACACACUACUGCAAAAGCACUAUUAGCUUCAAAUAUAACACAAUAUAAGCUGCAUUUAUAAAAGUGCUAAGAAAUAAAAGCAUUAAAAAUUUUCAUUGUAACUUUGAACAAUGUUUUAAACUCAUGGUAUCUUAAGUAUGUAACCCAGUGAGCCAGAAUUAAUGUAUCCAAUGUUAGAGAUUUAAGCACUUAUGUACGUCGCUCUGGAUAAGGGUGUCUGCCAAAUGCUGUAAAUGUUCAUGUAAAAGUGUUUAGAAUGAAGGUUUGGGGUCUUCACCAGCUGUGUAGACACAAAUUGCUUGAAUUUUUACAAACCAUUAAAGAGUACUGAAAGCA